AUGAAUUUGAGUAAAAUAAAUGAUGCAAAUAUAAUAGAUGUCGAUUAUUAUUUUAUAUUAAAUAUAGGAUUUUUUAUAUGUUUUGAAAAUGAAUAUAAUAAUCUUUUAAAUGAUGAAAAUUCUAAUAAUGAUAAAACAAAAUUAAUAAGGAAAAUAAAUAAUUUAAAAAAAUAUAUUUAUUAUGAGAAAAGAAAGAAAAAAAUUAAAGUUCUAGCAAUACAAGAAAACAUAGAUCAAAGAAAAUACAUGAAGAUAAAAAUAACUAAUAACAAAAAUGGUAACGAAAAAACAACAAAUAUAAAAAAAAAAAGUAAAAGCAGUAAUAUUAAAAAAAGUAAUACAAAUAACUUUCAGAUAACAAGUUAUUUACUUAUUAACAAUGAAUUUUUUAGUUAUCCCGUUAGAUUAAAAUGUAUUAAUAAGGGAAAAAAAAAAAAAGAUAAAAAAAAUGGUAAAAAAGGAGGGAGUUUUAUUUUUUCUAAAGGUAAUACAACUUUAAAUAAUUUAAAUUGUGAAUUAAGUAUUAAAAUUGAUUCUAAUAACUCAGUUUUAAUUAAUGAAGAAUCGUUAAAUGAAAAUGAUAAUAAUAAAGGAUUGUUAAACUUUAAGCAAAUAGAUAGUACUGAUAAGAAUAGUAUCAGCAAAAAUAAUUUUAAAAACAGUAUAGAAAUGUUUGAAGUUGAUAAUAGCAAAGUAAAAGAAAAUCAUAAACAAAAAAAGGAAAAAUAUGAUCAAUACAUGAAUGAUAGAGUACACAAAUAUGAUAUAUUUAAAACACUGUUAAGCAAAAAAAAAAAAAAAAAAAUUUCUAAUAAUGUAUUUAUAAUAAACAGAAGUAUUAAAUUUCCUAUAAAAUACAAUCAGCUAUGUGCAAAGUCUUAUAUAUUUUUCAUUAUCCAAGAUGUAAAUAAUGAUAAAAUAACAUAUUACAGUUACUGUAGUUUAUUUUCAUUGAAUGGUAUAUUAAAACAAGGAAUACAAAUAAGAAAAUUAUAUCAUAUUAAUAAAAAAGGAAAAAUUAAAGAGCAUAUUCUGAAUGCAUUGAAAAAUAAAAUUUAUUAUAGUUCUGAUGAUUCAUUAAAGAAAAAAAAAAAAAAAAUAUAUAAUUUUUUAAAAAAAAAUUGCAUUUACUAUGAUCUAAUAAAAUUAUAUAAUUUCGAAAACAAAAAAAAAAAAAAAAAAGGAAAAGGAAAAUACUUACGUAAAAUUAACAAUAUAGACAACCUUAAAAUAUAUAAAAAAAAUAAGAAGGUGAAAAAGAAUACUUACUUAAAAUCUAAUAAUCAAAAAAUACUAGAUUUACAUUUAUUUAGUAUGGAAAAACUUAAUACUACUAAAAAAUUAUUUAAGGAUAUUCAAAUUACUUCUGUUUCAGCAAAAUUCAACGAUUACAGAAAUAAUGAUAGUAAAAAAGAAACUGUGGGAGGUAAUACUAAUAAAAAUAGUCUUUUUAAUAAUCAAAUCAGCAAUAUAGAUAACGAUGGUGAGAAAAAAUACAAGGGUAUAAAUAAGUAUUCCCUAAAAUCAUCCUCAAAAAGUUUUAAAUAUAACAAUUUUUAUAAAGUUUUGUUAAAAUGUAAAUACAUUGAAAAUUUAAUAUCCUCUUUAAAAAACUCUUUACCAGAAAAUUACAAGUGUAAUAAAAAGACAUAUAUUAAAAAAAAUUCAAAAAAUAAAUAUAUAAACAACUAUAAGUCAAAUGAUAAUGAUUUUAAAAAUUAUAAAAGAAAAUACUCUUUAUGCAAUAAAAGAAUUAUAAAUGGUAAUGCUGUAAUUAAUCAUUUAUAUUGCAAAAAAAUGAUUAGUUCAAAUGAUAAAUUAAUAGACAAAAAUGAUUGUUCACUAAAUAAUUAUGCUUUAAUAAAUAUGAAAAAAGAAAAUACAAAAUAUAAUAAAAGAAAAUUAAAGAAGAAUAUAUUUUUAAAAUAUAAAAAAGAAUCAUAUUCCUUAAAACCUUAUCAUAACCUAUAUAAAUGUAAUAAUAAUAAUAAUGGUUUAAAAUUAUGUAAAAAAAUAAUAAAUUUAUAUAAAAAAUGGAAUAUAAUUAAAAAAAAAAAAAUAGCUGGGUAUAUCAUUUUUAAUUUCAUGAAUUUUAACAAAGAUACAAUAUAUUAUAAUGAAAAUAAAAAUGAUUUAUCAACUUUUCAUGAAAACAUUUUUGAUGCAAUUGGUAAUAAUCAAUAUGAAUACUAUAAAUAUAAUAGUAAUUCAACGAGCAAUUACGAUUGGUUUUUUAAUUCAUUCGAAUUUGUUGGAAAAACAGAUAAUAUUAGUUUGUUAAGUGAUAAAGUAAUAAAUAAAAAAAUUGACAAGAAUUGUAUUUUAUUAAAUAAUUACUCAGAAAAUUAUAAUAAUAAAGAAGCACUUACAAGUUCAGUCAAAUCGUUAGAAAAUCUUGAAAAAAAAAUUAUUCAAAAAGAUAAUAAAGGAAUUAAUGAAAAAAAUGAAGAAAAUUAUGAAUUGAAAGAAAAUAUAAGUAAUAAAAAUUAUAAUAAGCAUUAUGAUAAUAACAUAAGUAAUAGUAAAAGUGAAAGUGAAACUAAUAUAAAUUAUAGUAAUAGUCAUAAUCAAGAAAUUAUAAAUUAUAAAAAUUGUUAUAGUAAUAUUUAUAUGACUAAAGAAAAUAAAAAAGAUAAAAUAGGCAUAAUUAAUGAAAUAUAUAAUAAAGAUAAUAAUGAGAAAAAAGAGAAAGCAGAAAAAAUAGACAAUAUAUUAGAAUCGAAUGAAAUUUUUUCUCAAAAUAGUAAUGAUAUAUCUAAUCUGGAAAUAAAGGAAAAAAAACUAAAUGAUAUUUUUCAGCAUAUAAGCAAAUAUAUAAAUCGUAUAAGUAAAAAUAUCAAUAUAACAAAUAAAAACAGAUAUGAUGACUAUCCCUUUGAUUUUUUAUCAAAGGAAAAGUUUGAAUAUAUAUCAAUGUUAACACCUACUAUUAAUGAAAUAAAAACAUUAAGUACUAUAUUAAAUAUACCUUUAAUAAAAAUGAAUGAAUAUGAAAAAGAUUGUGUAUGGAAGUUUCGUUUUCAACUUUUAAAUAGAAAAGAAACUUUAGGAAAAUUUUUAAAAUGUGUAAACUGGGAAAAUAAAGAUGAAGAAGAGGAAGCAAUUAUUUUAUUAAAUAAGUGGCCGAAACCUUGUUUAGAGGAUUGUCUUGAAUUAUUUCAUUCAUAUAUGCAUCAUAGUGUUAUUAAAAAAUAUAUUAUUGAUAUUAUAAAAAACACAAAAAAAGAUCAAUUAAAAUUAUAUUUAUUUCAGUUAGUACAAUGCUUAAGAAUUUCGAAUUAUGAAAAUAUUGACAAUUUAUUUAUAAAUACAUUAAUACAUAAAUGUAUUAAAUCAAAAAAAUUAUCUAUAUAUUUGCAUUGGCUUCUUUUAAGUGAAACAAAAGAUAAAUUAAAAGGAAAUUUAUAUUUGUAUGUUCAUAAAUUAUUUAUUAAUAAGCUAAUGAAUUCUGAUUUAAAAAAAAAAAAGGAAAUUUUACAAAUUUUAAAAAAUCAAAAUAGAUUUCGUAAUCAGCUGCUAUAUUUAACAAAGAUCGCAAAAAAUAAAAGUGAUCGUAUACAAAACAAAACAAAAAAAUUAAAGCACUUCUUAUUUUAUUAUAGGAAAAAUUACGGAUAUAUAAAUAUUAAAGAUUUUAUUAAAAAUAACAUAUUUGUAGCUGAUAACAAUAUUUAUGAUUUUUCUCAUUUGAGUCCUUCCCAAAAUAAAAUUUCCAAUAGUAAUAUCUCAUGUGAAUUGAAUUUAAAUUUAGAAAAAAAAAAAAAAUUUCCAAAAGGAAAUUACUAUAAACAAAAUUAUUUACCUGCAAUAAUUAAAAAAAAUACUUUUCAUGAAGAUAUUCAUAAAGAAUAUUUUGAAGAUACCGAUAAAAAUUCAUCUGUUUUCUGCUUAGAAAAUAAUAAUAACAGUAGCAUAAAUAAAUCUUAUGAAACAUAUAAUCAAAAUAAUACUGAGGAUAAGGAAUAUUUUGAGUUUAAUAAUAACAAAAGCAACAUCAGUAAUUCUAUUUAUUAUUUAGAUAAUGAACUAACUAUUAAUUAUGACAUAAAUGAAGAUAUAUACUUUUUUCAAUAUAAAAAAGAUGUUAAUCAAAGAUUAAGUUCCGAUGUUAGCAAUGAAUCAAGCAACAUAAUUAAUUAUAUUGAUGAUUCAAAAAAUGUAAAAAUAGAAAAAAAUAAAGAUAAUUCAUUCUUUUCUAAUUUUUUACAAUUUAAUGAUAACUUCGAUUUUUUUCUGAGUACCACUUAUAGUGAUGAAGAUAAUAAUAUUGAAAUAUUAGAUGAUUCAAUAAACAUUGUUCAAAAACAGAAAAUAAAAAAAAUUAAUGCCCCUUUAAUUUUGCCAGUUGAUCCAAAUAUAGAAUUAUUAAGUUUUUUGCCAGAGCAAUCAUACGUAGUACGCUCUUCUUUAUAUCCUAUUGUUAUAGCUUGCUUAGUUAGAAAAAAAAUAAAGCUUUAUCAUGAACAUUCUCACAAUUUAAUUAUUAAUAAACAAAAAUAUUUAAAAAAAAAUAUAAAAAAUAAAAAAAAUUAUUCAUUAUAUAAUUCUUAUAACUCUAAAUUUAUUAAAGCUUUAUACACUUCUUUUGACAAUGCAAAAGAUUUUGAUUACUUUUUUAAAAAUAUAAAGUAUAAUAAUAAUAAUAUCUUUUACAAAAAGAAGAAAAUAGAAAAAAUUGAUUUAAAAAAUUAUGGUCUUUCUUCUGUUGAACCAAAUAAAAAAAACAAUUUUUCUUCUAAUACAAAUGAAAAAUUGAAGUAUGAAAAUUCAAACUUCAAUAAAAAUAAUAAAAGUACAACAUGUAAAACAGAAGAUUUAAAGGAAGAUGAAGUUAAAGAAAAAAUUAAAAAACAAGUUGAAAAGAAUGAAGAAAAAUAUGACAUUGAUGAUGAAAAUGAAAGUAGUGAAGAUGAAGAUAGUGAAUACUGUGAAAAUAAAGAAAAGAAAAAGGAUGAGGAAAAAAAAGGGCAAACUAAUAAAAAUAAUGAAAAAGAGGAUAAAACAAAAAAGAAUAUCGAUAAAAAUUGCAUUAAAAAUAGAGGUGUGAAAAAAAAAAAAAGUAUAAAAAAAUAUAAUGAGAUAUAUGAAUUAUCAAUAAAAAAAUAUAUUUAUAAAGCUGGUGAUGAUUUAAGACAGGAUCAUUUAGUAAUACAAAUAAUAUAUAUAAUUGACAACAUAUGGAAAAGGUAUGGAUUAAACUUAAAAUUAACUCUUUACAAAGUUUUGGCAUUAUCUACUGACGAUGGUUUUAUUGAAUUUGUUGAUUACGCUGAAUCUAUUUCCUCAAUAAAAAAAAAUUAUAAAGGAGAGAUUAGACAGUAUUUUAUUGAUAACAGUUCUGAUCCUAAUUCUCCCUUAGGAUUUGAUGCACAAAAACUAGAAAAUUUUAUAUCAAGUUGUGCGGGUUAUAGUGUGAUAACAUAUAUAUUAGGAAUAGGAGAUAGGCAUUUAGAUAACUUAAUGGUAUCAAAAGAUGGUUGUUUUUUUCAUAUUGAUUUUGGUUACAUUUUUGGAGAAGAUCCAAAACCAUUUUCUCCUCCUAUGAAAUUAUGUAAAGAAAUGAUUGAAGCAAUGGGUGGAGCUCAUAGUAUAGGUUAUGAGCAAUUUUUAAAAAAAUGUUGUCUAGGUUAUAAAUAUUUAAGAUAUCAUUCAAAACUUAUAAUAAGUUUACUUGAUUCUAUGUGCGAAUCAGGACUUAAAGAUAUGAAAGCAAGCCCUGAAUUAUGCGUUUUAAAAGUUCAAGAAAAAUUUCGGCUUGAUUUAAAUGAUGAAGCAGCAGAAAUAUAUUUCUUAAGUGUCAUUAAUGCAUCAGUUAAAACAUUAUUUCCUGUUGUUGUAGACAAAUUACAUGAAUGGGCUUUAAACUGGAAAUGA